GUGUGUGUGUGUCRAGUGASCGGAAAUGUCGAGUCAAGUGCCGAAAAUUGCUAUCAAACGUCUACAAAAAGACUACAAAGAGCUACUCCAGGAUCCCAUACCAUUCGUGACGGCCGUACCGCUCGAAAGCAAUAUACUUGAAUGGCAUUACGUACUGAAAGGACCGCCCGAUAGUCCCUACUCGGGCGGUAUAUAUCACGGAACUCUGGCGUUUCCCAAAGAGUUUCCCUACAAACCGCCGGCCAUACGUAUGCUGACACCGAACGGCCGUUUCGCUAUCAAUACCAGUCUGUGUUUGUCGAUGAGUGAGUUUCAUCCCGAAACGUGGUCACCCUUGUGGACUGGCGGUGCCGUACUCAACGGGUUGCUUAGUUUUAUGGUCGGCAACGAAAGGGCUACCGGUUGUGUCCACAAUACGGACGAAGAGCGCCGCCAAUUGGCCGCCCAGUCGUGGAAUUUCAAUCUGAAAAACAAGACAUUCUGUGAACUGUUUCCCGAUUUGGCCAAAGAGGCCAAACAAAAGAAGACUAAUUAGUAGUAGUAGUAGUAGUGGUGGUAGUAAUAGAUAGUAAAAGUAGUAGUAGUUAUCCAAUGAAAUAGUCAAACAAUACAAACAAAACUCUA